GUUUUCCGGAAAGUGGUAAAUUACGUUCUUCAGGCGUGUACAGUGGCAGCCAUGGAUGACAUGAAUACUAUCUGGAUAAAACAAGAGAUAACAGAUGAGGUACCUUCUGAGCUGGACCCUAUGGUUCUUGAAGAUCCAGAGGGGGACUCCUGCCCCACUGACUUUAUCAAAGAGGAUCCUGAACCAAAUUUACAUGUGGAUGAAACUGAGAAUAUUGUGUUAGCCUCAAUGAGAUGUGCUUCUGAUAGUGUAAGGUUGGUUCAUAGUAUGGGUGAGAGCUGUGGCAUUUCAUUCGAAGAAACUGUUCAUGAAGGAGUAAUCCAUGACAAGCUGGAGAGAGGUGCAGAGGACACAGUACCUGUCUACAUAUGUGGUACCCAUACACAAGGAUUGACUUUGCAAGAGGAUAGCUCAUUCAGCACCAGACACAAUUGUAGUUUAAGUGAAAUGGAAUUGCAUGAAUUUAGUUGCAGUUUCUGCUUACAGAUAUUUCCUUCAAAAUACAGGCUUAUAAUGCAUAUCUUCACCCACAUUGAUGGUGUACAGCCACCUAUAUUUGUUUGUAGGUCAUGUGGGGAGGUAUUUUCCAGUAAAUCUAGCUUGAACAAACAUUUGAAAGGGAGUGGAGGAGAUGAAGCCUUAUCUGCUGGCAAUAGAGAGAUAUUUGACAGCUGUGAUGAGCACAAAAACAAUAUCUUGGAAGAUGGUAAAGCAGUUUCUGUAACAGAACAAACUGAGAAGCAGUUUUCACACAAAGAAACUUUGAAAACUUCAAAGAAUUCCAUGAAAGACGUAUGUGACACACACAGUAUAACACAUGUUGCAGAGAGAGAAGACAAAAGUGAUAGUUAUGGAACUUCAUGUACAGAAGAUAAUGCCAGUACUGAUGCUGCUGUAGUUACUGUAAAGAGACCCCACAAAUGUGAUAUCUGUGGCAAAUCUUUCUUUGAAUUGCGUCAUCUGAAGACACAUUCGUUGAUUCACACUGGAGAGAGACCACACAGAUGCGAUAUUUGUGGCAAAUCUUUUAUUCAGUUGGGUCAUCUCAACAGUCAUUCACUAAUACAUUCUGGAAAGAAACCACACAAAUGUGACAUUUGUGACAAAUCUUUUAUUGAGUUGCGCUAUCUCAAGGGGCAUUCUUUGGUUCACACUGGCAAGAGACUAUACAAAUGUGGUAUUUGUGGCAAAUCUUUUACACGCUUGCAUAAUCUCAAGAGGCAUGAAUUACUACACGCUGGAUAUAGGCCUCAUAAAUGUGAUAUUUGUGGCAAAUGUUUUGCUCAGUUGGAUACCCUCAAGAGCCACAAAUUAAUGCACUCUGGAGAGAGACCCCACAAAUGUGACAUUUGUGGUAAAACUUUUACUGAGUUGCGUUGGCUCAAGAGGCACGCAACGAUUCACUCAGGAAAAAGACCACACAAAUGCAAAAUUUGUGGCAAGUCUUUUACUCAGUUGGGUCAUCUUAAGAGCCAUUUACUAAUACACACUGGCAAGAGACGUAAGGAAUAUGCUACCUAAGGCAAAGAAUUUGCCCUUGCUGGUGCCCUCAAGGUCCACAUGAUAAUACAUAUUGGAGGAAGACAUUGACACCUGUGAAAAGCCUUUACAUGUGUCAGGAUUUUGAAGAUAUAUGCAGUAAUAUGCACUAGAAAGAAGUCACAGAGAAUGUGACAGAUCAAUUUGUUUAGCUAGACAUUUCACGAAGUUACGGUACUAAAAAUGAGAAACCAAUCACCCUAUGUGGAUUCUGUGAUUGAUACUCCUAUGCCCCUAUUGCACUUCAGAAGUUCAUCAUUGUAGAGAAAUUGCUUACCUACAUUAGUAAUUGAACAUAUCGUGCAGUAUUCAUCACUCCACAUAGUUGAAGGAAAUGUAAUGGUUUGUCAGUUAUCAUUCUAAAGAUGGGAUGUCAAGACUCAUAUUAGGCAUAGAGCAGGAAAAAAAAAGUAAGUUCAUGGCGUAUCCUUCUCUCAGGUAGUUAAUACUCGGGCAUACUUACACAACAGUAGUGCUGUGUAUGUAAUGUUGUGUACAUAUGUGUACUUAUUCUGCUGAUCCUCUGUUAUGAAAUAUCUGGUAAUGGUAAAUAUAUACUAAUGAGCCAGAACUAGAUCAUGGGAUUAAUAGUGUGUUGGCCCACCCUUGGACCACUUUGUAGCAGUCAUUCUGCAUGGUCUGAUUUCCAGAGCUAUGUUGUGCCAGAUGUCUAUACAUAGAGCACUAAGUUCCCAAAUUGUAGGCCAACUGGUUUGUGAGCACAGAACAAAUGCCAAGUUAGCUUCCCAGAUGUGUCCCACUAGGUUUGUAUCAGGUAAAUUGGGUGGCCAAGACGUCAGUAUGAGUUGUUGGCACAAUUGGCAUUGUGACAUGAACAAUUAUCAU